GUUUUGAAACAAAACCUAAUUUCCCAAUUUUUCAAAAUGAGACUGAGUUAGCUACUACGUGAGAGUGAGUUAGGUGGGAGAGAACCCUUCCACCGCCAUUUUCGCCGUCAUUUCUGCUGCCUUUCCGCCGCCGGCACCGUCACCGUCACCAUGCCGUGUCCGUUGCGGUAGAGAGCUUCUCGAGCCACCUCUUCUAUCAACAUAUUUUCAGAUAUGUUCUUCUAUACGGUUAUUGCUGCCACAGUGGAGUUUCCAUCGCCGUUGUUGCUGCCGCCGUUUCUAUCACCACUGCCAUUGUUGUUGCUGCCGCCGUUGCCGUGGUAGAACGUUUUUGGAUCGAGUCACCUCCUCUGUUAACGCGUUUUCAGAUCUGUUCCGUCCCAAACUUCUUCGACGCAACCUUCUCUCCCUCCAUAUUUCUCCUUCGAGCUUCCGCAGGAUUCUUCUCAACCUCAAGAACAGGAUCAUAAACUUGAUUCAUGCCAAGGGAAAAACGCAUAAAAAAUCCAUUGAAGUUUGUAGAUGAGAGGGAAAACAACAAUGCUUCUCGUUCACUUCAACCUCCAGCACCAGCAGCAUCUGAAGAUACCACUAGUGUAGAGGCUAGUGAGGCUCCUUCUAAAGCUCCUUCUCAAGUCGUUGCAAAUUCCAUUUCAUCUGAUGGAGCCACACAUUGUUCUAACUCAAAGUCUUCAUCUGCUUGGAAUGUGGAGAUAAUUGACUCUACAAAUAUGAAGAAGAAGGCUAAGAUCAAAGUCAAGGAUGUUUGCAACUUACCUAGAGGAGAUCGUGUAAUUGUAGAGGUUGACGAAGAGGGUGCGGCAUAUGGCGAAGCACAAGGUUUACUUGCUGGCUAUUGUGGUAUAUUAGCAACUAAUGCACGUAUCUUUCCAAUUAGCUUUGAAAAGUGGUCGGGACAAGAAAAUGGUGGCAUGCCUAAGUCUUUCAAGGAUGAGUGCUUUGAUACAAUGAUAAAGCCCCACUUCCAUUUUACAAGCACAGAAAAGAUUGCCUACAGGUAUUGCAUUCAAAGUAUUGCAAAGAAGUGGGCAACAUAUAGGCAAAGAUUGUGGAAUGAGUUCUAUGAUCCAACCAUGAGAAGAGAAGCAUUGGUGAACAAUGUGCCUGAUGAUAUUCCAAGAGAUCAAUAGGCUUAUUUUGUCAAUUAUCGACUAAAACCGUCUACAGUUGAGCUUUGCAUGAAAAAUAAGGAAAAUUGAAGCAAGCAAACCAUUCCUCACACUUGUGGAUCUAAAUCCAACUCUCGGAGGCGACAUGAGAUGUACUUGGAAACGGGAAAGAAGCCUAGUAGAGGAAUGAUGUACAUUGAAACACAUAAGAGGAAGGAUGGGUCUUUUGUAAAUAACAAGGCAUUAACUAUAGUGGAACAAAUUGAGCUGAAUAUGACACAGUCAAAUACACAAUUUGAGGUGUCCCCUAAUGAUGCUGUUGGUAAAGUUUUGGGGCCUGAACACUCUGGGAGAGUUCGUUGUAUGGGCAUGGGAGCAGCGCCUACAAAUACCUUUAGGAAUGUGAGAAGCCGGCUUAAUGGGAUGACCAUCUCCACUAAUUCAGCUGUAUCUUCUUCGCCUACUACUGCUGCAAUUUUACAGGAAAAGAUCAAUAAUUUGGAGUUUGACUUACAUAAUUCACAGCAAAAGGUCAUUAGUCUAGAGUCUAAGUUGCAGCAAUCAUUUGAUAUGAUGAAAGCAUAUCUAAUGAUGAAGGAAGGAGGAAUUCCCGAAGUACUUGUUGGCUUCUUUUCUGCCCGCGAGGCUAAUAAUGCUGAAAGUGAGCCUACUACUCCCUUUGAUGCUAGAAGAUCAGUUGGUGAUAGCAACGGACAUCCGAGGACAAAUACUUGAGAUUUUUUUGUAAUUAGAUGAUAUUGAAAUAUUGAAUAUUUUUACUUUUUUAAGAAAAACAGUAAUAGUUGUGUAAAACAAUACCAUAUGCAAUUAUGUCUUAUAUUGAAGAAUUGUGUUAUAAAA